ACAAAUCUGUAGAGUUAAUUUACGGGUAUACCACAGACUAUCUGAGGGUUAAUGGAGUAGGCCUGCUUCACUUAGCUCUCCGUUAAUCAGCAGCUCUUUCCUCAGGUGUGUUAACCUUCAAAUAGAAGCCAGUGAUGCGCACAGGUGAUUUGACUAUCCCGUUUCCUCGUUUCUUGUUCAGCUAUUCAAAUACAGACUCUCUUUAGAAAGCCAGAUAGAGGGAGGAGAGGGAGAGAGGGUAGAAAAGAAUAGAGCAUAAAAACUCUAAAAACUCUGAAUUACUUCAAACUCUCUGGACUUUUAUCUCAACAACUCGAGGAGGGUCUCUGAGAGAAACCGGUGAGAUUAUGAUGACGUGAGGGAUGAGAGAGGACAACAGUCGGCGGUGAUUGGUGAAGAUUGAGUUCUGAAAACUGAAGCUGCACAGGAAGCCUCUCCAUCAACCCUCCAUGAGUCCGAUGCUCCCCGUCUCUACAGACCGCUGAAGGCUCGACGUCCUCCGUCUGUUCAUCCCCACUGAGCUUCACUCUGCUUUCCUUUAACCGAGCGACUCCUGCACCCGUCAUGAAUCCCUCUCCUAAUCCACCUCCAUAUUCGCCGUCGGACCCUCGUAACUCCCAUGAUCCAUCUCCCCCAGCAACAUUACCGUCUCCUCCAGUCAUCCAGACGGGUCACAGCUCUGUGACAGAGUUAAACUGUAACUCGCCUCCGUGUGUUGCCCCCUCCGAACAAGAUGGAGGUCAAAACGCGGUACAAAACUCUGACCCCUCUGACUCUCAGCCGCCGGUCUCAGAUCCAGUCUUCAGUCUUGCUUCCAGGCUUCACUCGUCCCCAGUAUCCAACCCUUACCCGGGCCCCGUCACGCCCCCCUCCUACCAGGUCUCUGUCAUCAUCCCCUCCCCAGACCUCCGCCCGUCUCCCCUCCCGUCUCCGGACCUGGAGUGCUCCAUCUGCUUCAGCCAGUUCAACAACGUCUUCCGCUGUCCCAAGAUGCUUCAGUGCAAGCACACGUUCUGCCUCGAGUGCCUGGCUCGCAUCAACGUCAAGGCGGCUCAGCCCAACGCCAUCCAGUGCCCGCUGUGUCGCGGCUUCACGCCCCUCCCCGACCUCGGCCUGCCCAAGCUGACCACCGACUCGGAUGUGCUGUCUUACCUGCCGGCCGCCAUGCAGCGAGUCUACAGCAUCCGCUUCCUCCGAAACAAAGGGAAGCUGCAGGUGAAAAGGGCGGCUGACAAUCAUCGCCGUUGGGGUCAGAGGUCAGUGAACCGCUCUCUGGACGUGGGGCUUCCCAGCCCUCCUGCUGUGGAGCGCAGCAGCGAGCAGCCGGGCGGGCUCGUUGAAGCUCUGUUCAGACUGACGGGUCGGCCCAUGUGCCGAGCCUUCCUCCUGACGUCGGUGUUGAUGAUGAUGGGGCUGCUGACGGGCAUCAUCAUCUUCCUCUUAACCUUCCAAAAAGUCAAGGAGUGACAUCACUUCCUGUCUUUCUCCAACUGAAGGUAGGGUCUGAAUCCAUUUAACGAGCGACAUCUGUUUCACUGCUACGGCUUAAAGACGAGAACGGAUCCAGAUGUGAAAUAAAAACCAGCGUUCAGGCUUUAAACUCUCUGACAUCAGACAUGGAGAGGAAGAGCCGCUCUGAAAUCAACACUCUGAGAAUCACACUGACUUUAACCCGCUUCAUGACAUCUAACUCAAAGAUCCAAACACGUCGUGUCGAGGUUUGAAAAUAUGAACUUUGAACUUGUUUUUUAUCCCUUCUAAUUGAGAUUUCGGACAGGGACAAUGUAUCCUGAAAACUGAGAAGAAAUGGACUUUAAAAUUCUCUGCAGGUCUCAUCUUGAACUCAAAGCCUCAAAUGAUCAGCGAGCGGUUGACAGGAGAGCUUCCUGUUCAGUUUUAUUGUUCAGAGAGCAGUGGACAUAACAGCACUUACAAUUCUUCCUAAAUGUUCUUUAAAUUUCCUGCAGGUCCUUUUAGUUCUGACAGCUUUCAGCACAAAACUAAUCAGUCAGAGGUUACAUUUUAAAUUCAGUUCAUGUUUCUGUAAAAAAGUCACAUAAGAGUCCGUUUCCUGUUGGUGAAGCUGCAGCGCUGCACUCAAACAAACAAACAAACAAACAAACAAACAAACACCUGUAAACAUGAGUCAUGCAAAUGUGCCGUGCGACGGCGAGCACAUUUUCAUAAAUGGUGAAACGCUGAUAUGUGUACAGGUGGCUUUGUUGCAACAAAUUGACAAACACAGCUGGACUUGUUUAUUACAUAAUCACAUGAUCCCAGUUGAAGGGGAGUUCUCGUGUAUUUAAACUCGGCCCUGUUUGUUCAUGUUUCCUCGUGUAGAUGACGAGCAGAGCGUCCGUUAGAAGUUGCUGUUUUUCCUCAAAGAAGCUCAGAUUGUUAUUUUAAGAGUCUGACAACGUUACAUCAAAACAUUCUUACAGAGUCGGACAUUUUACCAUCUAAAAAAUGAUUUUCUUCAACCACAAACGGACCUUAGAUCUCUUCCUCUAAAAGCCACCAGACUCUUCGGCUCCUCAUCGCUGAAUUGAGUAGAUCUUCUACCGCCGUUAGUUUGUUUGUGUUGCUGUGUCACUUUUACGUCUUCAAUAUGUCCGACUAAAAUGAUCACUGUUUGUGAUACAUCACAGCAUGAAAAAUAACUAAAACAGCGGUCGACCAGCAGCUGUAAUCUGCAUUUUAAAAUAUCUGUUUUUUAUAAGAGUGGAACUUAAAGUCUGUUUCUGGUGUAAGAAAAGCAUCUCACUCUGUGUGUGAUGAAGAAAGAAAAACAGUCAGAGGAGCAACUUCUCACAGCAUCAUGUUGCAGCCUUUACAAGCUGUUUUACUGAGUUAUUUACAGCGCUCUGACACCACCUACUGGAUCAUUUAAAAAUGCUUUUUGUAACAAUAAGUCACUCUGACACCAAAACAUGAACAGAAAGGGCUCAGGUUUAAAAAAAUAAUAAUACAGGAUUAACUGUGAACCUCUGCAGGUUUUGAUAGUUGGAAAAGUAGAGUCCCGGUUAUUUAGACUUUCAAAAGUUAAAUUUCAGUUAAAGGAAGAAGUUAAAUAUUUUAAUCUGCUUUUUAAAUGACUGUAGGCUGAACACUUUCUAUUAUCCUCGAUUUUAUAGAAAAUAUAAGUAUGAAUAUUUAAAGAACGUGAAUAAAUGACACCUAAAUAUGUUCUCGGAGACAUUAUAGAGGGUUGAUGUUUGAGAUGAAUUUGUGUUUGGUCAGUCAGGUUUGUCUUGAGAGCAUUCAGUCCGACAGCUCGUCUGUGGCGCCCCCUGCUGGAGGCUGUGAGCCGUGUCCCCCGAGUGCUGCACAGGUAUCAUGUACUGCGGGACCAGCUGAGCCGAACCCUGUUACAUAACGAAUUUACUGAUGUGUUAACGGACCCAUCAACAGAUCAGAAACAUGAAACACAAUCAGAGGACUGCCCACAAGUUAAACUUCCUCAAACACUUUGACUGUCAAAUGAGAGACGACCUUCAGCGUGCGGUCAGAGACUAGGCGUUUGACCCUGACGCUGAAUGGCGAUCUGUAACCGUUCUAAUCUCAUGUUCAUCCUCCUGUUCUCUGUUUUUUUUUUUUUAAACACUCACCUGUUUUAAUGUGCAGUGUAAAAUAAAUAAUUUUAUAUAUUUAUGUCACGUUUGUUUUAGCAAAGCUUGCACUAUCACCAUGUUUGCCUCAUGUUUAACUUGAAUAAAUUCUUUUUUUGAAUCAA